AUCAGAGUGUCUAUUUAUGGUUGUCUGUGUAUUGUUUUGUAAAAAACAAACAAAAACAUCAGCAAAGAAAAAUGGUUCAUAAAGUUUCAUGCUUAAGAUAUAAGAUAUGGGAUAUAUAAGAUAUUAUUAUAGUCCUUCAAUUUAUCUGCGCCUCUUAUCAGACUGUCAAGGGAUUCCUCGUUUUCCUGUUAGACGAGCAACUCCCGUCAAACCAGACCGCGUGGCACUUCGACAGACGCUGCCCCGCCCACCCGGCCUACCCGAGAUGGUAAAACGAGCACCAACCACCCCGAAGCCAUCGCCUAGCAACCAGCACCUGUCAAAUCUUCGUGUUUGGGUAGCAACGGCAAAGUUGACUAUCGGUAUGCAAGUCGACGGCAGUGUGGGGUGGGGGGGAGAGAGACGAAACGUGCGCUUUUGUAGCAUUUGGCGUGUUUAACUUAAAUUAAAAAAGAAGUAAGUACAUCAAUAAAUUGAAAAGGUGCAUCAUGGAUGGGAGUUGUGUUCGAGUGGACCCGCCGUUUGUGGAGUUCAGCGACGUGAAAGUGGGCCAGGUUUACAGGGUAUCAGUCACGGCGACAAAUGUUGGGAAAACCUCGAAGAAAAUAUCAAUUGAAAAGCCCAGGUCUAAGUUGUUCAGGUUCACAUCGUCUAGCCCAGCCGGGGUGGUGGCACCCGGCCUUUCUGUGAGUGGCUUGCUGGAGUUCACCCCAGAAGAAGAGGAGGAGGUCAGAGACCAUCUCCUGAUUCACACAGAUGAUGCGGACACCUUGAAAAUCCCACUGCGAGGGCUUCCCAGAGCUUGCUCCCUUGUAAUGGACUCAAUGUUAGACUUUGGCUGUGUUGUAGCCAGCAGUCAGGUGAUCAGCAAACAACAUCCUAUAACCAACCGCGGUUCGGCGCCAGGCCUGUUCCAAGUGCAGUACACUGGAGACUCCUCUCUCCGCAUUUCGCCUUCCACUGGAAUCAUAGCGGCGGGCGCCACCCAGUGGCUGAAAGCGGAACUGCGCACGGAUAGACCCCGGCAGAUUGAAGAAAAGGCUCUGGUGAAGCUCCAGAAUCGCUCUGCUGUCGUUCUCAGUAUCAGGGCUGAGCUGGUGGACCAGCAGCUUGAGUUGUUUGACCUGCAGGGGAAUCCUCUCUCCUGUCUGUGGUUUGGACCUGUCUAUUUUGGGACAUCCUGUGUAGAGAGUGUGGUUCUGAGAAACAAUUCACCCCAAGCAUGUGACUGGGUCUGCCAGCUCCAGGAUUCUGUGGCCGGUACUGAGGUGGGAUCAAACCUCCAGAAGACCACAGACGCCGCCCUGCUGGAGAGAGGGGAGAAAUGCAACCGGGCACCUUGCGACGUGUCCCAGGUCUUUGUGUGUGUUCCUAAAUACGGUCGACUGGGUCCAUAUGAGGAAAUGACUGUAAAACUACGCUUCAGUCCCGUCUGCAAGAGCGCGAUGACUCGUCAGGACUACUGCCUUUUCCUGCUGUUUCAGACUGUGCGGAGGAAACACGGCUUCACAAACCAUAAUGCCGACAGCAGCGUGGAGCUGGCGGUGACAGGCUCUGGCUUCUCCGUGUCCUUGGUGCCCAGUCCCUCUGACAGAUUUGAUUUCCUCCGCUGCGCGAAAGGCCAACGUGUGGAUCUUCACUGCGCGCUCCAGAACCUCUGCCCUCAACUUCCCGUCGCCUUCCGCUUCCGCAAAAUAGCACACUUCACCGCUGAGCCCUCGGCAGGCUCCAUCGCUCCUGGCCAACGCCAGGAUGUAGUUUUGUCUUUCAGUGCACGACAGCAAGGGAGCUUCCAGGUGUGUCAGAAGCUAGAUGUCUUAGGCCACGUCGUUUGUCAGAGUAAUGACAACGCUACAGAGGACGGGACUGAACUGAAGAUCUGCAGCUUCCACGCCAUCACUCUGCACUUAUCUGCCGUCUGCUGCAGUGAGACGACGCAGCCCGUCCCUAAGCUAAAUCACGCAGCAGGGACCAACGCUCCCGGGUCAUGGCCUCACGUCAGGUGCAGCGACCUGGCUCGCUGUCGCGAAGUAGCGCCCGCUGCCGUCCUCAGCGCCGACAAAACCCGGCUCCACAGACACCGCGGGGAGAGGAGCCGGGACGCGGAGGAGGACGGGUUCCUGGCCUUUCCCAACGACCGGCCGUGCAGCAUCAGGCCCGCCUCCUCGCACGGGCAAUACAGGACCAUCUUCACUGGUGUACCCCGCUAUCGCUACGUGGACACCAGCUACGCUUUCACUGCGGAUGAGGAAGAGCAGAGACAGCGGCACCGGCAGAAUUACGCAGACUUCAUCCGACAGCUCAGACAAGCACGCGUCCAGAAGAUCGAGGAGAGACGGCAAGGAGAUGUGGAGGACGACGUGGACAUUGGAAUCAUUCCCUCCCAAGGGCUUGUUCCUCCGACUCUCGGCAUCAGUGACCUGGAGAGGCCUAAGAUCUCUGAGACCAAGCCCAACUACAAACAUGGUUCCCCAGAAACCAAACGGAGAUGUCUUCAAGACAAGAUUUCCGGCCAAUCAAAAGUUGGUAGCCAGCAGGUUUCAAAGGUAAUGCGUGCAGUUCCCUGCACCAGCCAGGAGAUGGCAGACUGUUACAGGAAUCUGACAGCUAUGGAGCUCUACCAGGUUGACAUAGGCCCCUUGUUAGUGGACUUUGGUGCUGUGUGCGUGAACUCAGUGUGUGUUCAGAAGCUGGUCCUGGCCAACCGCCUGUCAGCGCACGUGUGGGUGCAGGUGGAGGUGGACUGCCCCGAGCUGCAGGGCUCCUCGCCCCUCUCCCACGUCCUGCCACCCCGCUCUCACACCACCUUACCCCUGACAUUUCAAACCAACAAGCUGGGCCCCUUCUACAGGCCCGUAUCCUACUCUAUAAACCGGAAACACCCCGGUCAGAUUCUGGUCCGGGCCCAGGUCGUCCCGUUGGCGCUGGAACUUUCCACCAACCUGCUGGUUCUCCGCCCAGACCCCAACCUGCUGGCUGCGUCGGGAUACAGGAGCUCGGUUACCCUCAGAAACCCCUGUAACCACGCUGCUGAAUUCACAUGGCGACCAGUUGUCACAGAGAGAGGCAUCCUGUUCUCCGUUAGGCCAGCAACAGGUGUAGUGGAGCCGUACUCGGAGUUGGACUGUGAGGUGGUGUGGCAUCCUUCGUUCUCCUCCCCUUCAGAAGGAGACUUUGACCUGUGCGUCCAAGAUGGCAACUCGGAACGUCUGCACUGCGUCGCCGAGGUUGGAGCCACCAGUGUCCAGCUGGCAGAGAAACACAUCGUGUUUGAAUCAGUGCCUCUAAACAUGCCUUCUACCAGGACUGCAGUCCUACACAACACCGGACGGAACCAUGCCUACUACCAGGUUCUGGACGUGUGCCCUCUGCCAGGCAUGGUGGUGAGUCCCUGCGAGGGCGUGGUGCCAAGCAGGGGCCAGGCCACGCUCAAGAUCCACUUCAACCCAGACUGUGUCAUGAAGUUUGACGCCAGAGUCGAGAUCGCUCUGAGGAACAUGAAGUCCGCUGAGCUCAGAGUGGGUGGAUCAGUGGAGCCUCCAAAUGUGGACAUCAGCGUGUCCCAUUUUCAGUUUUAUGGGGUCCACGCUGGAUCACGGCGACUGAUACCAUUCGCUCUGACCAACCACUCGUCGGCGGCAGCUCGCGUCGCCUUGGACCUGUCAGAGCAUAAAAACUUCUCCGUCCGGCUCCCUCGGCCCUCGGAGAAGAGGGAGUCGGGCUGGAGCGUCGUGGACAUUCAGGCCCACCAGACGGCCGACUGCUCACUUAGCUUCUCCCCCAGCCAGAUGGCCACCUAUUACUUCGACCUGCCGAUGAUGGUCAAUGGAGUGAGAUGGCCCGCUUCUUCCCUGCAUCCUUUCCCCACCCAAUCCUCCUUGUCCUCCUCGUCCUCCUCCUCCUUACGGACAUCUAGCAGCAGGAGGCACGUGGUCAAAACGUUUUCUCACCCCUCCUCGAGCACACAGCAGGCGCCGUGCGUUCAGGCCACAGUGCUCUGCGCCCCGUUGGAAAUGUCCCCCUCGAGCUUAGAGUUCCACGUGGAGCCACAGUUUGAGAACUACACCAAGGAAGUCGAGCUGAAAGCGGCGGGCGAAGAGAGCGCGUGCUGGCGCGGUGCCACCGGGGGGCGCGUGGACUGGUGGUUCGGCUGCAACGGCGGAGGAGAGGAGGAGCUGUGCACAGCGUCUCCACCGGGCGGCAGCCUGGGGCCCGGCCAGUCCGUCUCCGUGGUGAUCAGCAUCAGGACCGAGGCUGUCAGAAAAGGGUGUGACAGAGUGACCAAACUGUCCCUCCCUCUUUACCUGGGACGCAAGGGAGAGGAGGCGACAGGAGAGGAGGAGACACCCCAGCCCUACAGAGAGCUGUCGGUCAUCGUUACCGACUGGCAUCCCAGUAUCACCUUCCACCCGCCUCAGAUCCUUCUAACCCCAGCACCCCUGGACAGAGAUUCAGCCGCGACACUCACUCUGCUGGCGGCUGGAUACCCAAGCGGGACGAGGCUAUCAGCUGAAGUGGACGACGUGGAAGCGGAGGACGGGACGAGGGUACGUCCCGUCUCUGUCGCCUUUCCUGCGGGCGACACCGUCGCCGCUCGGGACGCCGACCAGGCAGCCCACGGCAGCACCCUGCAGUGCAGCGUGUCAUUCUGCUCCGCUGUCCCUUUGUCCCUCUGCACGACCAUCACCUUCACUGACCACCUGCACAACAGGUUUAAGGUUAAGUUGUGCGCAGUCGCUGACAACUGUGUGCUGACAGCCUGGCCCUACAUGGCCCUGCACAACUCCAAGCAACAGAUAGUUCUCAAGACGGGGGCCACGGCCGUCGAGGCGACCUUUCAGCUCUAUGAGACGCCGAGUCCCGCCUCCGUCCAGACGUCGUCCCCGUCGUCGUUCGAUCACAACAGCUCAGCGAGCAAGAACUCGGAAUCCCUUUCCGACAGCGACAGCUUGGGCAGACGGGCCAGCGGGGACACAAAUAGCUGCGCUUGCAGAGGCACCCCGGCCAAUCUCAGUGUCCCGCGAUUCCCCGCUGCCGACACGGAGGAAGGUCUGUAUCAUCUGAAUGUUUUACUGGCGGUGGAGAGGUGGUUUAGCCUCUUCGGGUGGCCCGGCGCACCAUACCCUAUCACUGUACCGCACACGCUCAGAAGGGUUGCGUCGAAAAUUCAAACAAACCAUUCCAACGGACGGACUUAUCGCGUCAGUCAAAGUAAAGAUUCAAGGUCCGUAGUGGACAUGCUUCACCACUUGACCGGCAAACAGAUUCCCGGUAUUCCUCGCUGCCAGACCUUUUCCAGUGACGCAGAGCAGCGCACCAAUCAGCUGCUACAACAGCACGAGGCCAUGCUUACUUUCCUCAGGGUGCAGGGAGCCUCCCUUUGUCAUAUCAGACCAGAGUACUUGCUAGAUGCACUGGAGUUUAAACACUGGUGCUCCACGCAGUCAAAUAAAGAGAGCGCGGAGCACGGGUUGGACUACAGCAACGUCGACUUUGAGUCUCUGAGCAAGCGGUCUUGGACAGACGUGCUCCUGCAAAUAUACAAGGUGCUGGUGCUGCGUCGGGUGUCAAAGAGCAGCCGCAACACAACUCUGAGCCGCAAAGACGUGGGAGGAAUCCUCCCUGUCGGUUCGCAGCCCCUGGCCAGCAACAUCUACUCGUCCUGGGAGCUCCAGCUGCUCUCAUGGCUCAACAUGCACUACCAGAGCAUGAGGAAGAGCAUAUGGGAUGCAGGUGAAGCCCCAUCAGACCGCUGGAUCGUGAACUUUGACUUGGACCUAACAGACGGGGUGGUGCUCGCCGCUCUGCUCGCUGCCCACUGCCCCUACCUGAUCAGGAGCCACUUCAGGAGGAUGUACACCAGGGCGAGCAGCCUGGAGCAGAUCCUUCACAACAAUAUCAUAGUAGCUCAGGCUCUCACUGUACUCGGUCUCAACAUAAAUAUACAGCCAAUAGACCUGUCAGAUCCCAAUCCAGUCCAGAUGUUAAUUCUGUGUGUUCACCUGUACGAGAGGCUGCCUCAGUACGUGCCCACGCAUACCAUUACUCUGUCAGGAGAUCUGCACAGCACCUUCAGCAAGCAGGUGCGUCUGAAAAGCUCGUCCUCCAAGCCUGUCAAAUACCAGGCCUACCUUCUAGGAGAGGACGCCCAUCUCUUCUCGCUUCCUGACGGCAAUGUGGUCACCAUUCCUCCAAAGUCAAGCGCUGAACUGACCGUCCAGUUCGGCUGCUCCUUUCUUCAGCCCAUGGAGGCCGUUCUUCUUCUUGUUUCCACUUCAACCUUUGGCCUUUGCCGCACCACUCUCACCUUCGGUCUGAAGACCCACGUCACUCACAUCACACCGACGAACACCGUCAAGUGCAAGUCUCCGUGCUACCAAAUGAAAGUGAUCCGGGUGCCACUAAUUAACACUUUCAACGAAGAAGCUACGUUCAGGGUGGUGCUGGUGGAGUCUACGUUUAACCCGCUGGAGCCCGACACUAAAAAGUGCAGCCUCGUUCAACAGGCCUCCUUCAAAGCCAAUGCAGAGAAGACGGCUGAGGAGGCAAGCGGGGAGGAGAUGGAAGCAGGCGGUGAAGACAGCGAGUUCCUGAGUUCAGUGAGAAGCGUUUGUCUGAAGUCGGGCCAAGAAGACACUCUGAGCAUCAGCUACCUGCCCUUCUCCACAGGCACCAAGUACUGCUCUGUGCUGCUGGUUUGCCCAAAGGUGGGAGACAUGGUGUACAUAGUGAAGGCCACCAGUGAAUUGCCACUUCCUUCUCCUGUGACUGCAAGGCCCAGCUCUAACGUAGUCUCCAAGCCCAGGAAUUCUGACACAGCUGUGUGCGUAUCGGUAAUAAGCCUACAGUGCGAGGUGGGGCAGGUGUGUGAGGAGGUGCUGCGCGUGCCCCGAAUCAAUAUGAUGUGGGAGCAGGCUCUGGCCAUCUGGGGUCAGCACUUCAUGAGCGCCGACGAACGCAGGAGGCGCGAGCUGACGCACACUUUGCGUAGCAGCACCGUGAGGGCGGCCGCGGCCGCGCGGAAGCUCUCCGGACGACUGCUGUUGCGAGGCAUGUCCCAGAGGAAAGCAGUAGAAUACACCGUGGAAGCUUCUUUGCCGCAGUACUUCACUCUACCCAGUACUGUCACAAUACCUAUACAAGAAAACACCAAUAUCUCAUGGGAGAAUCCUGCAGAAUGUGGCUACGUGGACGUCCCGCUCCGGUUCCAGGCUGACACAGAGGGCGAGCUCAGGUGUCAGGUUGUCUUGAAGUCAUGGUGCGAUACCAGGGUGUACCUGCUAGAGGCGCUGGUGACUCGAAAGGUCGUGUCCUUCCACUUGGACUUAAGUUCGCCUGCUCGGCGUUCAGUCACGCAUCAUAUACCGCUGCACAAUGACACACAGCAGGACUGGAAAUUCCAAGCUGAAGUAUCAGGUGUAGGAUUCUCCGGCCCGGACGUUUUGAACGUACCAGCAGGGACAAAAGCCUACUACCCCCUCACCUUUUGCCCUGCCACACAAUGCACUUUCAUGGGCAAGCUGUCCUUGCGUAAUGACCGCGGCGGCGCGGAGCGCUUGUUUACCCUCCGAGGAGUUGGAGAGCACCCCCUGCCUGAAGACCGUGUGGUGCUGCACUGUCCCGUUGGGAAGACCACACACACACAGCUGAAUGUCCCCAACUACAGCCAUGACAAACUCACUCUUAAGGUGGUGACAGACCUAUCCGUCGUGAGCGGCGCGCCUUCCCUGAAGAUUGAACCCGGCCGCAGCGCUCCCUUCGCCCUGGCUGUGUCGCCGUGGAAACGAGGAAAACAGACAGGCUCUGUGUCGUUCGUAGAAACGCGCCACAUGCAAGGUGGCGACAAGAAGGACAAAGGAGAUGCGCUCGGACGCUACGAAGUUCGCUUCUCGCUCGAGAUCGUCUGUGAGCCAGCGGCCCCCGUCGAGGUCAUACACAUACAGUGUGUUACCCAGAGCUCGGUGGCCAUAGAGAUCCCCGUCAACAACCCGGGGGGAGAGCCGCUGAUGCUGGAUGUGGACGUGGAAGGAGGCGACAUGAGCGGGGGCCGCUCGGUUUCGCUCCCCCCGCGGGGGACCGUCACCUACAAAGCUUCGUUCUCUCCCAGCGGAGUAGGAAAGAGCACAGGCAGCGUGGUGUUCCAGUCGGAGCUGGUGGGGGAGUUCUGGUAUCAGCUGGAGCUCUACGCUCUCCCCCCUCCGCUCGUCACGUUACCGCAGGCCUCCUGCCAGCUGGGAAAAUGGACCAGGCUGAACAUCCCCGUAGUCAACCCAACAGCUGAGCCUCUGGAGCUGACUGUGUCCAACACUAACCCCAGAAAUUACACGCUGCUGGAGAUGGAAUCAGAAAGCACCCUCAUCGUGGAGCCCCGUUCCUCCGCCCAGCUCGCCGUCCGGUUUUGCCCAUCAGCCAUCGGAGAGAGGAACCACGAGGCAAAGAUCACUUUCGCAUGCCCUCAGUUGCAGGAAUGGUGCGUGUUGUUGAGUGGACGUGGACUUCAACCAGAGCGCGAGAAGCCUCUGAGCAUCUCAGCCAUGAUUGGCUCCAGCGCCUCCAUCGCCGUCCCCUUCACCAACCCCACAGACCUCCCGGCCGAGCUAAGCGUCAAACUCACAGAUGAGGAACUGCGUGGCGCCCCCAGCAGAGAUCCAGUCACCGGCCAGGAGGUGUUCUCUAUCCCGCUGAGCCGCACCGAAGCCAUACAGGUCGGUGAAAGGGGAACCGUCGACGUGCCUGUGGUGUUUGCGCCGCACUCUGCGGAGCUACAACGGGCCUGCCUCUGCAUCACCAUGAAGCCCACGAGCAGCCUCGGCAAAAACUUCAACGCAGAGGAGGCCGUGAGGUCAGACGAGGAACUCUCCAACAUCUGUUGGACUCACCCCCUCUGUGGGAUUCCUAAGCAGGCUCCUGUCGAGAUGUGCUCACUUGGCGAGGUCCGCUGCGAAGUGGGCUGCCAGCUGGAAAAGACGGCGGAUGUGUUACUCGCAGGAUGUGCACCGGGGAAUCCUGACCAGAAUGGACAGGAAGCUGCCCUGGUAAAGAUGGAAGACUUCCAGUGCCAGGUGCGUUCUGACAGCAAAGAGGAGCGCUCAGAGGUGGAGGACUGCCUUUCUGCGUCAGUCGUGUCAGCAAAGAGGGAUCCUGAGAACGGAGCCGUAGCGCUCGCCCUUAAUCUGGUCUACACCCCCCUCAGCGCCUGCAGCUGCUUAGGGAUCCUGUCGGUGGAGUCCACGUCGGGCCAGACAUGGACGUUUCCCAUCACUCUCAUUGCAACAGAACCUCAGGUGGAUGAUGUCAUCGUCACGGAAACCACUAAUCUGGGAAGCACUUCAGCAGUGGGCUUCCGUCUCACCAGCACCACUAGGAAAACCGAGCCAUUCACAGCGACGUUCCUGCCAGGCAGCAGCAGCAACUUCACAGUGACUCCGGUCUCAGGGAUGUUACCGCCUGUUGGUUGUACUGGAGCUCUCAUCACUGUGUCCUUCACACCCACCGCAAGCUCCGAGAGACACACAGCAAGACUUGCCAUCCAGGCUGCAGACAUGCGCUGGAUUUAUGAGGUGAGAGGGAAAACCUCCUCACCCCUCUGUGACACAUCCGCCAAGGGCAGCUCUUCUACGCUCGGCCCAUCCGAAGAACGGCGGCGACGGAACUUUGUGGUUCGGAAUCUUCAGCUUCCCUCCUUGGCUAAUUCUUCCCCUCUCAAUGUGCCCAGAUAAAAACAUCCUCACCGUCUCAAAUGCAAAUAAA